AUGCAUCUCUCUACCUUCUCUCUCCUUGCCCUCUCGGCAGCACUGGCAAACGCAAAAACCGAUCUGGACGGUUGCACAAGAACAGACAUUUCAUCUCCAGCAGGUGCUUCGUACGCAUGGAUCGUUCCCGGAACAGGAGAACUAUGUGACCCUCUGGACUGUGGCGGUGGUAGAGCACCCCCUAAGACCACGGUGCCUGGAUGUGCAGCAUAUGUGGGUACAGAGACGUACAGUCCCAGUUACCUGGCUGGAUCCACUGCACCCGCUACAGCUGCUGCCAGUGCUAGUGCCGUUGUGACGAGUGCUGAGGUUACUGCUGCCGCUUCUGCAACUGCUACUCCUACUGCUGGUGCAUCUGAUGACAACUCAGAUGAUGAAGACGACAGCAACGAUGAUACAAGCGAUGACAGCAGUGAUGAUGAAGACCCUCUAGGUCUCGCAGGCAUCGACGCCGCUCAAGAGUCCACCUAUGUCUGGCGCACAGCAGAUAAUCCUACAGCAACAUUCAACCCCUUUACCGCGUCCGCUUUCCCCAGCGACGUCUCUACCUUCUGGAUUCCCGUCGAUCUCGGCUCAACCACUUCCUGGGAAGCCGCUGUACCUACCGUGCUGUCUGGCGGAUACACGGAUAUCGUUCCCGCUUCUAUGCCAGCAUCCAGCGAUCUCCCUGCCAUCUGCGCCAUCGCCACAAACUCUGGUUGCGGAAUCGACAUGUCCACAAUGACUAUUUCCAGAAGUCAGACCAGUACGACGGGAUCGCCGACGUCGGUGGGCACUGCUUCGACGAGUGGUUUGAGCAGAUCGUGGGUCAAGACCAUUCCUACUUAUACGAGAGUAGCUGCUAAUGAUGCGAUGGUUAGGGCUGGUGUGUCUGGUCAAUCUUCGACUUCGUCUACUGCUUCUGGCUCUGCUUCGAGAUCGGCUUCGGCGUCUACUGAGACUUCUACUGGUGCUGCUGGAAAGGUGGGAUGUGCUGUUGGUGGCGUGUUGGCUGCUGCAAUGGGUGCUUUGAUUGUUUUGUAA